GAAUGUGAUCACUCUGCAGCUGAGGAUGCGUCAGAUUGCAUCACAUCCAGGAUCUGAUAGUCUGGGGGUGGUUCUUUAAAAAAAAAAAAAAUGAAAGAAACACGUUAAGUCAGAUCAGGAAGUGGAAUGGUGAUACAAAAGAGGAGGAAGCGUGCUCAGAAUGGCACUGUAUGCCUGCGCUUGAUAACAUGAGAGGCCCCCGGCUGGAGACCCCUGUGCUGUUUCUGCUGCUGCUGCUCAGCAGUCUGACUGGGACAGCAACGGGAGAUGACGGCGCAGACUCUACGCAAGAUGCAGGUGGGACGGACGCAGAAGUUGUUAAUUUUGAUAACAGCCCAGCUUCGGAAGAUGACACAGUUUCUCAGACAACAGCUGGGACAGAUGCAGAAGAGGAUAAUGGUAACACAGAAGCACCUUUGGAAGAUAACAGCACAGAUGCUCCAACGACACAAGGGACAGACACAGAAGAUUUUGCUUCGGAAGAUGAAGACACAGUUUCUCAGACAACAGCUGGGACAGAUGCAGAAGAAGAUAAUGUUAACACAGAAGCAUCAGAAGAUGACGGCACAGUUUCUCAGACAACAAAUGAGACAGACACAGAAAAAGAUAAUGGUAACAAAGAAGGUCCUGAUGUAGCUGCAAUAGCUCCAUCGAAUGGAGAGUCUUCAGCAGAUCAAGCAGAAGCCUCUCCCAUCCUGAUUGCUGUGAUUGUGUCGGUCGUAAUCAUUGGUGCAAUUGUUAGCGCUGUUUUCGUGAUGCGCCGCUGCAAAGAAAAAGCGCAGAACCAAGAGGACCAAGAUCUGGAGGGAUUCAGCACAAAGAAGGUGCCGAUGCCACUGUUUCAAGACGAUAUACCAUCUGUGCUGGAGCUGGAAAUAGAGGAACUGGAGCAGUGGAUGAAGAAACAUUGACCUUCCUAUCUCUGAUCACCCGUGGAUGACCCAAGCCUGUCCUCUGGAUCCCGAUCAGCCUCUGCCAUCCUGCCUGACGCCUCUGCAGUGUGUAAGCCAGCUCCCAUCACCGCCAAGUUGUUCCAGCUUGUUCUAGCAGCGGUUCCUCGCCUGGUUUCUGUUUGUAAUAAAACCUUUAAAUGUA